AUGGCCGUGCGCAACGAUGACGGGUCGUUCAAGAUGCGAGAAUCAAAGUUUCGCAACUACAUCGCUGUCGGCGGCCGGUUCCCGCCAGAGAAGGGCCGGUACCAUCUGUACGUGUCGUACGCAUGUCCAUGGGCGCACCGCGCCCUCAUCGUGUGGGCGCUCAAAGGGCUCGAAGACAUUAUCGAUGUAUCGAUUGCCAACCCACAACUGCUAGACGGCUGGCGCUUUGUCCCCUCGGAUCGAAAAGUGCCCAACGACGAACGCGACGUGUGGGACUUUCCCGGCGCGACAGUGGACAAGGUGUAUGGCACGACGCAGCUGUCUGACCUAUAUCACAAGGCGGACCCGACGUAUGACGGGCGGUACACGGUCCCCGUGCUGUGGGACACGCGCGAGGCCACAAUCGUCAACAACGAGUCGUCCGAGGUCGUCCGCUCCCUCGCCUCGGGGUUUGACUCGAUCCUCCCGGCCUCCCUCCCAGCAUCGGCGAUCGACCUGUAUCCGGAACACCUGCGUGCCGAGAUUGACGCGACAAACGCGUGGGUGCACCGCGACAUCAACGUGGGCGUGUACAAGGUCGGGUUUGCGACGACGCAGCAGGCGUACGACGUGGCGAUCCGGGACCAUGUGGCGGGCAUGGCGCGCGUGGAGGCGCUGUUGAGCGAUGGGCGGGAAUGGCUCGUAGGCGGGGCCAUGACCGAGGCGGAUGUGCGGCUGUUUACGAGUAUCAUCCGGUACGACCCCGUCUACGUCGUGGCCUUCAAGACAAACUACGGCUUGGUACGGCACGACUACCCGUACCUCCAUCACUGGCUGAAGAAGAUGUACUGGACCGUGCCAGCCUGCAAGGAUACGACACACUGGGACCAUCUCAAAGCAGGGUAUCACUGGGUAUCAGGCAAGAUCCCCAUAGGGCCAAACAACAACAUUGAGGCGUUGACAGAUGACGAAGGAUAG